AUGGUGUCGCGGUGCCAGGUGGAAGUGUUGUAUUUUGCAGAAAGUGCUGAAAUAACAGGAAUUCGCUCAGAGACCAUUUCUGUGCCACAAGAAAUAAAAGCAUUGCAGCUGUGGAAUGAGAUAGAAACGCGCCAUCCUGGAUUGGCUGACAUCAGAAAUCAGGUGAUAUUUGCUGUUCGUCAAGAAUAUGCCGAGCUUGGACAUCAGCUCCUCCUGCUUCAAUCAGGAGACGAAAUUGCCAUUAUCCCCCCCAUUAGUGGAGGAUAGUGCUUUUGAGCCACCUGGGAAAGAUAUAAAUGAAGUUGAAGAGAAAUCAAAAGAUAUAAUAAAAUUCACAUCUGA